GGCGGGAGCUGCAGUUCGGAGGCAGAGGAGACCGCCACCAGGCGCCUGCUCUGCCCUGGGCGAAGCGGGGGGGAGGGGGGCUCGGUGAACUAUGAAGGGUCGUCGGCGGCGGCGCCGAGAGUACUGCAAGUUCACCCUGCUCUUGGUGCUCUACACGCUUCUGCUACUGCUCAUCCCCUCUGUACUGGACAGUGGCAGCGAGCAGGACAAGGGCGUCAGGAACUGCCCCGGCCUGCAGCGCAGCUUGGGCGUAUGGAGCCUGGAGGCGGCGGCGGCUGGAGAGCGUGAGCAGAACGCGGAGGUGCGAUCCCGGGCCGAAGGAGACGCGGGUCUAUAUCCUGGGUCCCCAGGCAACCUUAGCGCCGUCGGGGAGGCGGUGGCCCAGGAGAAGCAACACAUCUAUGUUCAUGCCACCUGGCGUACUGGCUCGUCCUUUCUGGGCGAACUCUUCAACCAGCACCCGGACGUUUUCUACUUGUAUGAGCCUAUGUGGCAUCUGUGGCAGGCGCUGUAUCCGGGCGACGCCGAGAGCCUACAAGGCGCGCUAAGAGACAUGCUGCGCUCCCUCUUCCGCUGUGACUUCUCUGUGCUGCGGCUCUACGCGCAGCCCGGGGACCCCGCAGCGCGAGCACCGGACUCGGCCAACCUCACCACGACCAUGCUCUUCCGCUGGCGCACCAACAAGGUCAUCUGCUCGCCGCCGCUGUGUCCUGCCGCGCCCCUCGCUCGCUCCGAGGUGGGCCUCGUCGAGGACAAAGCCUGUGAAAGCAGUUGCCCGCCCGUCCCGCUCCGCGCCCUGGAGGCCGAGUGCCGCAAGUACCCGGUGGUGGUCAUCAAGGACGUGCGGCUGCUCGACCUGGGCGUGUUGGUGCCCCUGCUACGUGACCCGGGCCUCAACCUGAAGGUGGUGCAACUCUUCCGUGACCCGCGGGCAGUGCACAACUCACGUCUCAAGUCUAGGCAGGGGCUGCUGCGCGAGAGCAUCCAGGUGCUGCGCACGCGCCAGAGGGGUGACCGCUUCCACCGGGUGCUUCUGGCGCACGGCGUGGGUGCACGUCCCGGAGCCCAGGCUCGUGCGCUGCCCUCCGCUCCGCGAGCCGAUUUCUUCCUAACCAGCGCACUCGAGGUGAUCUGCGAGGCCUGGCUGCGCGACCUGCUAUUCGCACGCGGUGCGCCCACCUGGCUCAGGCGUCGCUACCUGAAGCUGCGCUACGAGGACCUGGUGUGGCAACCACAAGCCCAGCUGCGCCGCCUGCUGCGCUUCUCCGGGCUGCGGACGCUCGCCACGCUCGAUGCCUUUGCAUUCAACAUGACGAGGGGUUCGGCUUAUGGCGCAGAUCGGCCCUUUCACUUGUCUGCCAGGGACGCCCGAGAGGCCGUGUACGCCUGGCGCGAGCGGCUGAGCCAAGAGCAGGUGCGCCAGGUGGAAGCCGCCUGCGCCCCCGCCAUGCGACUGCUGGCCUACCCUCGCAGCAGAGACGACGGCGGCGUGGAUAGCGCCAGGGAAGGGGAGACAUCCCUGGAGACCAAGGCCAACUGGGCCACGUAACAUUCUGAUCCCAAACCCUGCCCCAGGGCUGAUCCAGGUCAGUGACCACAAACAGGUGAGCUCAGCACGCUGCACCAACAGUGGAGAGGCUGCGAGGUGGAGGCAAUCUAUCACACUGUCAGAGACUGGGACCAAUAUGGUACCAACUGCUGUGCAAAUCUGCUGGUCAGGAACAUCACAAGCUGUUAAGUAAUGACGGACACAUUGGCUGAGAUGAAGUUUCCUGAAAGGAAGUGACAGUGCAAUGUGGAUAUUUAUGGUCAUAAAAUAGGAAAAGUUUUAGUUCCCAGGCUGAACUUGGCUCUGCUUGAGACAUUUCAACAAGGCAUCCUGACAACAAAGAAGAUGUGACACGAUUCCAUUUCGCAUCAGCAGAUGUCUGGACAAAAGUCAUCAAUGUGAAUAAGGGCCAAGUGCAGUUGUGCCUUUCUUGAAUAAAUUACUUUAUAUUAAAUAGAAGGUCUGGGUGGUUUUGUGUCUAGGUUUCUUUCCAUUAGCCCUCCUCCUGUAGAACCAGUUUUCCCUGGGGAUAGGAGAGUUAAAGAAAUUGAAACUUUUUUUUUUGCUUUCAAAUUGUUCUAUUUAGUAGUUUUUUUUUUUAACUAUGCAGUUAAACGACACAAGCAUCAUGCUAAUGACAGGGCUUGUUUUGCUAAGCAGAUUUUGGGAAACAGCUCAAUUGCAUGAGUUCAAUAGUCUAUAUAAAAGAAAUAUAAGAACCACGAAGGAAACUGUAUAUAGGGUUCAAGAAUUUUCUUUUUAAAUUUCGUUUUACCUGUAUGGGUGUAUUGUCUGCAUGUAUGUCUGUGUGCCAUGUUCAUGCCUAGUUCCCAUGGAGGCCAGAAGAGGGGAUCCACUGGAAAUAGAGUUACAGAUAGUUGGGAGCUUUGUAAACUGACAUGUGAGAAUCAAAUCCCAGUCCUCUGGAAGAGAAGCCAGUGUUCUUAACUACUGAGCCAUCUCUAUGCCAUUUGGAUUCAAGAAUUUUAGCAGUCAUUCUACAAGAAACUAUUAAAUUACAAUGUCAAGUUUAUACUCUUCAGUCUCACAGAUUCAUGUUGCCAACUCCUGGUGAUGUGUUCUUUAGGGUUCUGCACUCACAGCCUGGGAGACUCUUCGGGGCAGGAGGAAUCCCAGGCUGAGACCACAUUUAAACCAUUUCUUUUAAGUCUAAAAAUACCAAAAAGAUGUUAGCAUGGAGGCUCAGACCCCAGUGUUAACCUGUCUGUGCAGCUAAAGCUGGCCUCAAACUUGUACCUGCCUACUAAAUGUUGGGUUCCAGAUGUGUACUAGUAUGUCCAAAUGACACCCUAUUCUCUCUUCUCCCUAAAGGUUUAUGUAUAUGUGUUUGCCUGUAUGAGAUUAUGUGCACUACCUUUA